AUGGGGAAGCAGCAGCAGGAGCAGAAGACGCUCCUCCGCGCCGCCCGCGACGGCAGCCUCCGCCUCCUCAAAAAGACGGCGCAGGGGCUGGCCUCGGGGGCGCAGGGCGAGGCGGCCGUGCUGGAGGCGGUGGCGGAUGACGACGGGAACCGCGCGCUGCACCUUGCGGCCAGGGAGGGGCGGGUGGAGAUUUGCAGGUACCUCGUCAAGGAUCUCCGCCUCGAUGUGACACCAGCAAUUCAUUCAGGUGGCACCCCACUGUUCCUUUCUGCAUCUUCUGGGAGAGUUGCAGCGUCAAAAUAUCUUCUUGAUCAUGGGGCUGAUCCAACGUUAGCUGGACACUGUGGAAUAGUAGAAUUGCUGCUCUCAAAAGGGAUCGAUGUGGAUUUGGAAUGUUUAUUUGGGACCCCAUUGCACGCGGCUGCUCUUCACAAGCAAGAUGACGUAGUGAAGAUUUUGUUAGAGCACCAUGCUGACCCUAAUAAGUUCUGCAAAGUUGGUGGUUAUACACCAUUGAGCGUGGCCAUACGUCCCACACCUUCAGUUUCAUUGGAAUGCGUGAAGCUACUCAUUAAGGCUGGUGCUGAUGUGAAUUUCAUUGACUCCGCUGGUGUUGCUUGUGUGAUGGUGGCGGCGGAGUAUGGCUUACCUGGCAUCAUGAAGUGCUUAUUAGAUGCUGGUGCUAACCCCAAUGUUACAAGCAGAUUUGGUGCAACUCCAAUUGAAGUUGCUGCCCUUAAAGACAGAAGGGAAAUUGUCGAAAUGUUAUUCCCUUUGACUUCUCCUAUUCCAACGUUGCCAGAAUGGAGUAUUGAUGGUAUCAUUUCUCAUGUGAAAUCUUUUGGUUUGGAGCCGUUGGAUGAACAUCAGUAUGAAAAGAAAAAAUCUGAGCUAAAAUUACAAGCUACAGAGGCUUUUAAGAGAAAUGACUAUUUGACUGCAGGACGGUUGUAUUCAGAUGUAAGCGAUGGAUCUCGACCUAGUCCAGAUGGUCAUGCAAUCCUAUUGGCAAAUAGGAGUCUCUGCUCGCUGCACUUGGGAGACGGAGAAUAUGCUCUCUCUGAUGCUACAAUGUGCAGAAGGUUGCGGCCUCGUUGGCAAAAAGGCUGCUAUCGACAGGGGGCAGCUUUUAUGUUACUGAAGGACUACGAGAAAGCGCGCGAGGCUUUUGCAGAUGGCCUGAAGCUGGAUCCUACGAGUGUUGAAAUUGCAAGUGCUUUAAGGUAACUGAUCCAUGUUUAUCUUCCCUAAAAUGGAGAUUAUUUUGAUUUGUUCUCCAUGGUGCCCUGCCUCAUGGUUUAUCUUCAGCAAAAAGAAGCUUUAUAUAUUUCAACCAAUGCUUAAUCAAUUGCAAAAAAAAAAAACUAUUGCAGGAAGCCCGUGAGGAGGUGAAGAAAGCUCAGUGUGCUGAAAACUGACAGAGAAUAAACCCAUCUAUAUAUCCAGUCAGCCGUACCUGGAGAUGUCGUUGCUCGGUCGAGCCUGCUAUCUUUUUGCAUAUUCUUGAACUGUUGGCGCUCAUGUGUAAAUAUGACCUGAUGUGUUCCUACUGUAGUAUCUAUAACUCCAGGUUAUGUACCAACAAAACAUUAAGCUGGCAAUAUCUUUGGGU